CGGGGUCCGCCCGUGGUGGGCGGGGCCGGGCGCACCGCCCUGGGUUGUAAGUCCCUAGGGCGCGCGGCGGGGACUGGGUGCGGCGGGGGGGUGGGGGGGGCGCAACAGCAUGGAUUGGGGCACCGAGCUGUGGGAUCAGUUCGAGGUUCUAGAGAGACACACGCAAUGGGGACUCGACCUGCUAGACAGAUAUGUCAAGUUUGUGAAAGAAAGAACCGAGGUGGAACUCGCUUAUGCCAAACAGCUGCGGGGCCUGGUCAAGAAAUAUCUCCCCAAGAGACCAUGCAAAGACACAGAAUCCAAGUUCAGCCAACAACAGUCGUUCGUGAAGAUACUGCAAGAAGUCAAUGACUUCGCCGGCCAGCGGGAGCUGGUGGCUGAGAACCUGGGUGUCCGAGUGUGCCUGGAGUUGGCUAAGUACUCCCAGGAGAUGAAGCAAGAGAGAAAGAUGCACUUCCAGGAAGGCCGGCGGGCUCAGCAGCAGCUGGAGAAUGGCUUCAAACAGCUGGAAAACAGCAAACGCAAAUUUGAGCGUGACUGCCGGGAAGCAGAGAAGGCGGCCCAGACGGCGGAGAGAUUGGACCAGGACAUAAACACCACCAAGGCCGACGUGGAGAAGGCCAAGCAGCAAGCCCACUUCCGGAGUCACAUGGCGGAGGAGAGCAAAAAUGAGUACGCCUCCCAGUUACAGAGUUUCAACCGGGACCAGGCCCACUUUUACUUCUCCCAGAUGCCCCAGAUAUUUGAUAAACUACAGGACAUGGAUGAACGCAGGACCACCCAGCUGGGCUUAGGAUUCGGGCUCCUGUCCCAGGCGGAGCUGCAGGUGGUCCCUAUCAUUGCCAAGUGCUUGGAGGGGAUGAAGACAGCGUCAGAAGCCGUGGAUGCCAAAAAUGAUUCCCGGGUCCUGGUAGAGUUGCACAAAUCCGGUUUCGCCCGCCCAGGGGACCUGGAAUUCGAAGACUUCAGCCAACCCAUGAACCGGGUCCCUUCAGAUAGCAGUCUGGGGGCUCCCUUGGAUGGUCGGACCCCAGGCCGGGCCGCCAGGGCCAAACUCUGGCCCUUUGGGAAGAAGAACAAGCCGCGCCCCCCGUCCCCCCGCCCCAUGGCCGCGGCCGAGUCUCUGCGGAGCCGCCUCAGCGCGGCGUCUGUGUGUCUGUCUCUGUCUGUGUCUCUGUCUCUCCGCGGCCUCCGAGCCGGAGGGACGGUGGUGAGCGAGGACUUCGGCCACCUGCCCCCCGAGCAGCAGAGGAAGCGGCUGCGGCAACAGCUGGACCACAAGAGCCGCGAGCUGCGCAAGGAGGAGGAGCAGAGGGAAGCCUUGAAGAAAAUGAAGGAUGUAUAUGAAAAGACACCCCAGAUGGGGGACCCCGCCAGCCUGGAACCCCGGAUCGCCGAAACCCUUCAGAACAUCGAGCGUUUGAAGCUGGAGGUUCAAAAGAAUGAGGCCUGGCUGGCCGAAGCGGAGAGUCGGGUUCUGAACAAUCGGGGGGACGCCCCCGCCCGGCAACCCCGGCCCCCCGACCCCCCAUCCACGGCCCCCCCAGACAGCAGCGGUGGAAGCAGCGCCAGCGGGUCCCAGGACAACAAAGAGAGCUCUGAGGAGCCCCCAUCAGAGGACGCCCCCGACACCCCCAUCUACACGGAGUUCGAUGAGGACUUUGAGGAAGAGCCUGCGUCUCCCAUCGGUCACUGUGUGGCCAUCUAUCACUUCGAAGGCUCCAGCGAGGGCACCAUCUCCAUGGCCGAGGGUGAGGACCUGAACAUCAUGGAGGAGGACAAAGGAGACGGCUGGACCCGGGUUCGAAGGAAACAGGGAGGCGAGGGCUACGUACCUACCUCCUACCUCCGCGUCACGCUCAACUGAAGCUGAGGAGGGGGACCCCCACCCCCCAGGAUCUGUGCACUUUAUCUCUGCCCCCCACCCCCACCGUGGCUUCAGCUCAGACCUGCUGCUCUGUCCUGCGUCGCCCCCCCACACACACACACACGCCCCCACCCACCCCCAAUGUAUAUAUUCCCGCCACCUCGAACCCAGACUCCUGCCUCUCUCCUCGGGCUGUUCCCUUUCAUAAUAUAUAAAGAUCUAUUAAAACAACAAGAA